AUGUAUAUCAGUCACACAACACGUACCCCAACAAGCAAAUUUCCAAUUGCCAUUAACUUUUCUGUCGACUUCUCCACCGGCUACUUCCAAGUUCAGACCACUACACAAAACCAAACAAAACUCUCCACCUCCCUUCAAGAAAGCACGAAUCUUCAAUUACACUGCGUUAACACCACUCGGAUUCUUGGAGCGGGCGGCUCUGGUGCACCCGACCCGGAAAUCCGUAAUCCACUGCUCUUUGACUUACACGGGCAAGAUACUUAUCGGCGGUGCCGCCGAUUAGCCUCCGCCCUCACCAAACGCGCCGUCACCUUUGGUUGCACGGUUGCUGUGAUUGCACCCAACGUUCCAGCCAUGUACGAAGCUCAUUUUGGAGUUCCAAUGUCUGGAGCUGUUAUAAACGCUGUCAACAUUCAUUUGAAUGCACAGACUAUUGCUUUCUUUUAG